CGAACAAUCCGCAGGAAAAGAAGGAAAGAGCAAAAUCUCCUUCAAUUUGUGCAAUAAAACUCCAAAGAGUCAAUUGCUCUUCUUAUCCUUGAUUCUUUAAUUUACUCUUGAAAAUAAUUCGAACACGGUACAGCACCGAUUAUUUAAUUCUACUGAAAGAAAGUCAAGCAGUGAGAUUCUCAGCAAUCUAUUAGAACCAUGUCGAAGGCACUCCAACGAAAUCUGAAGGCAAAGAUGCCCAAAAAUCUGGAUGGUACGUAACGAUUGGAUAGAUUCGCAGCAAGAAGCGCAACUAUUUUUCGCUGCCUCCAUUAAUAGGAUAAUUCUCAACCUCUCCAAACAAUUUUCCAUGUAUAGGACCGGAAUGGGACAGCAGCGACGAAGAAGAAGAUGCACCAGUAGUGGCGGCAAAAAAUACCAAAACCAAAAAAUCAACGAAGGGGAAAAAGGUGGUGAAAUACGACAGCGGCAAAAGCGACAACGAUAGUAAAGACGGCGACGACGACGAAAAGAAUCUCGUUUUAUACAUAGGUCAUUUGCCCAGAGAAUUCGAAGAAUUAGACCUUCGGAGGUUUGUUUCUCAGUUCGGCAAGGUUUACAACUGUCGGGUUGCUAGAAAAAUCGAAACCGGAAGGCCCAAGGGAUUUGCCUUCGUCCGAUUUGGCGACAACGAAACGACCAAAAUUGUUUGCGAGACACUCCACGGCUACUUUCUCGACAAGCAACGCCUGGUGUGCCAGCUCCGACCCUCCCAUCCGGGAAUGUUUUUCAACACCGACGAGAUCAUUGCCAAACGAACGAAAAAGAUCCAAUUGGAACAACAACAGCGCAACAAAAACCUGGCCAGCUCGGAGAAAUGCAAGGUGAUUACAUCGCGACUUGUGGGCCGGGAAAAGAAAAAGAGAGACCGCCUCAAGGCGCUCGGGAUCGAUUACGAUUUCCCGGGAUACAAGUCCAACCGGGCCGAUUUCCAAGAAGAAUACGAGCCAGAGGAGACCGCAGAUACAACCGAGACUGAAGCGAAGGAAACAAAGAGUCCCAAGAAAAGGCGGAAGGAGUCUAUGGAUAGCACACAUAGCGAAGGGAGUGCCUCCAAAAAGAAGAGCAAGAAGAAAAAGAGGGAUUCCAUCGAUAGCAUAAAGGAAGACGAAACGAAAAAAGAAAAGAAGUCAAAGAGCAAGAAGAAGCGAAAGUCUGUAUAAAUGACGAAGGCUGAAGCGUCCAAAAUAGAGAGAAACUUUCUUUGUGUAAAUGAUCAACAAUAGAGGAUUAAAGUCUUC